CACUGAGUGUCUGUUCUCUUUUACAAUCAACAUGAUAAGCUUUAAUUUGCUUGAGAAAUCAGUGCAUGAAGAGUGAAUGUUUUUGGGAACAGAGGUCAAUCUCCUCCCAGAUUACACAAUGGCUGGAUCCAGAUCGGCAUUCGCAGCCGUUAAGCUCCGUCCAGACCUCGUGAGUCUCACACUGAGCUCAAACACACACCAGAGAAGCGUCUGGAUUCAGUGUGAGUGAUGGAGCUGCUGACCCGCACCGUGAGCUCUGUGGCUUCCAGCUUCAUCGAGGCGUUGCGAUCUUUCACUGAACUGUUUCUCACACAGCCUCUGUGUGCCACACUCUCUCAUCUGGGUGAGACCGACCUCAAAACACUGGACGGAGAUGAUCGAGUGUUUAAGGCCAGAGAACUGUGGGAGAGUUCAGGAGCGAUUAUCAUGGCAGUGAGAAGACCUGGAUGAUUCCUGUGCAGAGAGGAGGCGUCUGAGCUCUCCUCUCUGAAGCCUCAGCUGGAUGACUGUGGAGUCGCUCUAUACGCUGUGGUCAAAGAGAACAUCGGCACAGAGAUUCAGGACUUCAGACCCUACUUCAACGGAGAGAUAUUCCUCGAUGAGAAGAGAGGAUUCUACGGGCCUCAGGAGCGCUGGAUGGGCGUCUCGGGGAUCCUGCGGGCCGGCGUCUGGACCAACGGCUGGAGGGCGUAUCAGAACGGAUACUGGGGUAACGUGCGGGGCGAGGGCUUCGUCUUGGGUGCGGUUUAUGUCAUCGGACCUCGUCAGCAGGGAAUCCUGCUGGAGCACCGGGAGAUGGAGUUCGGAGACAAAGUCAAGAAAUAUGAUGUGAUUCAAGCUGUUAAACAGAUAAAAACUGAAUUAAAAUAGUCACAAACUCAAGCUAAGCGUCCAUAUGUAAACACUACAGAAUACACAUGUAGUGUGUGUGUGUGUGUGUGUGUGUGUGUGUGUGUGUAGUUGAUGACAGACUGACUCUAAACUCAGAUGAAGGGUUUGUCUCGAUGUUUCAAGCUCUACAAACACACACCUGUAUCACCAACAAUAAACACACACUGUAGUCUAUCAAAUGUGUGUCAUUAUUACUUUUGAAUGCAUUACUGUAUUUUGAGUUUGUUUAAUACUUUAUUAAAUAAAUAAAUGGUAAAUUAAAAUAAAUAAUAAAAAUAAUAAUAAACAAUGCCUCUUUCAC